UUCUCUAUAAAUUAUUAUCUUGAUGAACUACAAGUAUAUUAUAUUUACAAUUUUAACGCUUAGAUUUGUUAGCUUUGUGAAUGUUGUGAGUUAGCAAAAGACUCAUGGACGCAAGUUCUAGUGAUUCUAAGUAUCACGUAGUUUUAUUCCCUUUCAUGUCAAAAGGCCACACUAUCCCACUCCUCCACCUAGCCCGCCUGCUCCUCCGCCGUCCGAAUUUCAUCGUUACUGUGUUCACCACUUCUGGAAACCACAGUUUCAUAGCUAAUUCUCUUUCCGAUACCACUGCCUUUAUCAUUGAUCUACCCUUCCCACAAAAUGUCCCUCAAAUCCCUGCCGGUGUUGAAAGCACCGAUAAACUCCCUUCCAUGUCUCUCUUUGCUCCAUUUGCCCUUUCCACCAAGCUCAUGCAACCCGACUUUGAAAAAGCUAUCGAAACUCUUCCUCGCGUGAACUUCAUGGUGUCGGACGGCUUCUUAUGGUGGACUUUAGAUUCUGCAAUCAAGUUCGGUUUUCCAAGAUUGGUUUCUUUUGGCAUGUCCAUUUACUCCUCAUGUCUGAGCAAAGCUGUGGUUGAGCAAAGACUUCUGUUUGGUCCUGAGUCAGAUGAUGAGCUAAUCACACUGCCUCAGUUUCCAUGGAUUAAAGUCACUAGAAAUGAUUUUGGUUCAACUUUUAGGGACUCUGAACCAAGCGGUCCUCACUUUGAGUUCAACAUAGCGACAAUCACAGCAGCAAUUAACAGUUACGGUACCAUCAUUAAUAGCUUCUACGAGCUCGAGGCAACGUUCGCUGAUUACUGGAACAAAGAGAAUGGAAACAAGACCUGGUUUGUUGGACCCCUAUGUCUGGCUGAUGCACCACGGGUAGAACAUGAACCGCGCAAGAAACCCACUUGGAUUAAGUGGCUAGAUCAAAAGCUAGAGCAAGGAAGGUCAGUCCUAUAUGUAGCGUUUGGGUCUCAGGCAGAUAUCUCAGCACAACAACUCAAAGAAAUAGCUAUUGGGUUAAAGAAGUCCAAGGUAAAUUUCUUGUGGGUGAUGAGAGCCAAAGAUCCAGAAUAUGGUGAUGAGUCUGAACUCGAAGAGGGGAUCGGGGAUAGAGGAAUUAUAUUGAGAGAGUGGGUAGAUCAAAGAGAGAUAUUGAUACACCAAAGUGUGAAUGGCUUUCUGAGUCACUGUGGAUGGAACUCGGUGCUGGAAAGCAUAUGUGCAGGAGUGCCGAUUCUAGCAUGGCCCAUGAUGGCUGAGCAGCCUUUGAAUGCACGAAUGGUAGUGGAGGAGAUAAAAGUAGGGUUGAGAGUAGAGACAUGUAAUGGAUCGGUGAGAGGAUUUGUGAAGUGGGAGGGUUUAAAGAAGAUGGUAAAGGAGUUGAUGGAAGGUGAGACAGGUAAACAGGUGAGGAAGAAUGCGGAGGAGUACGGGGAGAUUGCCAAAAAAGCUAUGGAGGAGGGAAGUGGAUCUUCCUGGUGCAAUUUAGACGUGUUGGUGGAUGGCUUGUGCAAUCCAAGGAAUACGUGAAGGAGUUGCUUUGCAUCCAAUUCAUGGCAUUUAUGAAGCGUUAGGCGUCUCUUUUCUUUUUCUUGUUUUUAUGUUUUCUUUUUUGUUUUUUCGUCAGUUGGAACAAUAACAAGGUAUUCAUUGCCUUCUGUUCAAAAUCUAAAGAUGACGUUACAUUU